CGUCGGAAAUGGCGGUUCAUAUGAUUUCCAAAACCCCAAAAACAAUAUGACAAGAAUUUCAACAACAACUGAAUGUACCGGAUCGCAAAAUGUCAUCAACAAGUCAAAACUGUCAAGCAGUCUUCCUAAUAGACACCUUUUCAGAAGAUGAUCUUGAGAUUUCUAUACACUAUUCAAGAACGCUUACUUUGUCUAUUUUCCGAAUCUUAGGUCAUCUCUCUGCUGAUUUACCUCAGAAUACAAAACAGAAAAAAACAAAACACAAUUUACUGAAAUGGGGUUACAUAUUUUUUGAUUCACGUUUACAUAGUCUUAAAGUUGAAAAAUAUAGCUUUAAAGAAUUCAAGUUAAAAUAUUUUGAGGAAUUUGAAAGAGAGUUGCUGAAGAGAAUAAAAAUUGUGCAGAAAAAUGUUGAUGCAAAAUCUUCCAGUAGAAAAGUCAGUAAAAUGUCUCCCUCUGAUUGUUUAACUAGAUCCUUAACUGAUCUGACACAAGACUUUGCGUGGGAAACACCUGAUCUCUUUUCGCCAGUCAAAAGACGCAAAAUUCAUCCAAAGAAAGGAUCACUAAGUCUUGAUACAGAACAUGUACAGGCCUGCGGAAAUUAUGUAUUCAUGUUUACAAAAUGUCCAAAGUCAGCAGCAAGUUUACGCCAAUUUGCCAAGAAAAAAGUUUUGGAUUCUGAUGUCUUCUUGGAUUCAUUAAUGCCAACGUCAUUGCGUGCUAAAUUUUGUGAUGGACUGAAGUUAAAGUUGGUUUGGAUUGAUACAGACUUUAAAGUUCAUGAUAAUAGUUUUGACAUUCAGAGCCUCAAACUUGUAGAAGAUGCUAUAGAAAAGAUUAAUGGCAAAGUUAUACCUAUUGAUGCAGUAAUACAAUAUGGAAAACAACCAUUAUCCUGCCUUAGUGUCCAGAAUAUUGGUAUUGAAAAGGAUGAAAUUGAAGAGCAAGGAAAGAAAAAAGAAUUCACCAAUGCUAUUUUACCAUUUACUACAGUUUUUGAAUUCUAUUUCUCAAGGAAUAGUAAACAACACCUUGCCAGUUGUAAGGGCUCUAGUCAUCAGGGUAUAUUGAUGUAUAAUGGUUUACAAUUGUGCCAGCUUGAUAUACAGGUUUUACAGAAAACUCAUAAACGAGAUACUAUAAGAAGAUCUAGUGACGGGCCUGAGAGUUGUGUAUCAUUAAAUCUACCAAGUGUUGACGGAGAUAUUACAGUACAGUAUAACAAACUAAAUUUACUACAGAAUUUGUCAGUAUUAGAAGUGUAUAGUACUCUACACCAUUCUUCAUCACUUUCUUCUCACAAUGAGGAAUUAUUUAUCUGUGUUGGAACCAGUACUGAUUCCUGUAAAUCUCUAAGAUCUUCAAUGUUUCAGAAUAUAAUAUCUCAGCUUUUGAAUGGAAAGUUUGACCUUGUGUUGCUGGUGAAAGAUUUAUCAAAGUUUUUCCUCUUGAAACCAUUAACAUCUGUAUCAGCCACCUUGACCCCAGUGUCAACAGAGGUCAUUUUAGAGGUUGAAAAACAGCUGGUUAAAAAGAAAGACGAGACCUUUGAGGCCGAAGAUAUUGAGAUACCAGUCAAAACCAAUGUGAAAGACUGGCAGGGAUUAAUGUCAAAAUUAUGUACCAGUAAAGUACCAAAUUUCAAACAAGAAAAAAACACAGAUGAGAAGAAAAAUUCCAUUGGAGGAGUAUUUAAUCCAAAAUGUGUAGAUAAGACCCAUCUUCCAGGUUGUCGGGCACCGUUCAUCACCUUAAUUGAUAAACUGAAUGAAAGAAUUUCCCAGUUAGAGUUUCUAUCUGACAGUGAAGUUAAAACUUUGAGACAGUUACAGAAAAACUACCAUAUAGAGAGUCGUCCACCAAAGCUUAUUGACCAUACACCACAACGUACAGGACUUGAUGUCACACAAGACAAUGAUAAAUUUAAUAUCCACUUAGAUGAUAAUCUAUUGAAAGAUGAUAAAAGGAAGGAUUCUGUUCCAUCACGAGGACAAAUGAUUCUUACACGUAGUAAGCAGGCAGUUAAAGAAAAAGAAGAAGAACCCAUCAAACAAACAGAGGGGGUAACAGUUAAAAGUAAACCAGUUGUUGAUACACCCACUAAUGUUGAUUUUAAAGAUGAAAAUGAGCUAAAACAAUACUUGUGCACAAUGUAUGAUAGAAAUGUGAAUGAAGAUUGCAGUUCAUUAUAUGCAGCAGUACAACCAUUAGUUACCAUAACUUUAUAUUAUAUGAGAGAAUCAGGAAAAGACAACCCGCAGGAAGCUUGUGAGCAGUUGUUAAAAUCAGGAAUAAUUUUAUCCCCUGAAAGUUUACGGGAGAAACAUCUAAAUGAAGAUGACAUACAGAUGAAGAUCAGGGAAUAUCAACUACAGAUAGUGCUAAGAUUAGAGGUUCAGUCAAUGAUACAUGGAGGUGAUCAGAAUGCAUCCCUCUUAGAAGAUAAAGUGGAGGAGAUAGUAACAUUACUAAGAACCAUUAGUUUUAUAACAGAACCAAAGUUGCUGUCAGAGUUCAUGAAAAAUAGUUUGGUGGAAAAUUUCAUUCACAACUUACCCCAGAUGUUGGGCAGUAUUUAUGAUGAACUGAUGCAGCCUUAUCCUUCUGAAUUGGAGUCCAUACUGUCACCUGAUCAGAGUGCUGGAGACUCAUCAGUAUUUAACCAAUCACUACAGAGCUGUGGGGGAGACGUGAGUCUGUCACAACCACCAUCAAAUGUAUCUGAUGUACUCAUUGAUAGAGCCGAAAGAAAAAGUAGCAGGUCCAGAAAGCUUAUACACCAUCCAAGUCUUGCUGAUUUUGGACCUAAAAGACAGAUAGUUGUAGCUACUAAAUCAGGAAAGGAGAAAGAUCAGAAAACAAGCACAAAGCACAAAAGGAAAGAAAAAGAUAGAGAGAAGAGGAAGUUAGAGAGAAGACAGUCAGUUGCUGUCAUGGAAACAGUGAAGAACUCAGCAAAGAAAAGGAAUAAAGCUUCGCAUAUUUUGAAAAGUCCUAAAUAUAUGAAAUCAUCUAAUAGGAAACUUGUGUCUGAAACACCAUCUCAUAAGCAAAAAGGUCAAAAUAUGUGGAAAAGGUUGGAAAAGGAGCGUAGAAGGACCCAGAGUGUGAUUGAUAUAAAAGUUGUGGCUGAAUCUCCUGUCAAAUUAGAUGUUGUUGAAAAACAGAGUCCAUCUGAGAAAAAACAAGCUACACGAAGAUCCUUUUACUCUGCAGGACCUGUAAAUAGAUCUCGUAGCUUAACAAACAGCCUUGAACUUGCUGACAGAAUUGCUGGCAGGACUAGCAACUUUGUAAAAAAAGCAAAAAGACAAAGUCUAUUUAACUUGAAGUCACCAGACAGAAACUCCUCGUUUUUAUUGUCUCAGUUGAUGAGUAGUCCAGGUUCAGUGAGAAAAACUCCUGGCAAAAAAUUAUCAUUGAGCAAAGCAUUGCAGUCACCAUGCCAGAAUACUCGAUCAAAAACACCAAGUAAGGCUUUGUCAUCUCAAAAAUCUCUCUUUAAUGAGAAAAGUCCUAAGAGAUCAAUAAAGAAGCUGUCAUUUACACCUGUGAAGAUGCCAUCUCAAGAAGUACUUAUACCAGAUUCACCAUGUCUAAAUACAAGGUCACACACUCCAAGUAAAGGUCAGAGAGUCACUGGAACACCUUCACGAUCACUAACAACCAAUACAUUACUCAUGUCACCAAGUCAGAAUACAAGGUCAAAAAUAACAUCCACACCUACUAGACAUAGUGUUAAAGCUAAACUUUUCAUGAAAAGUCCAGAAAAUAAAACAGGAUGUAAAACUCCAGUGAAAUUUGCAUCACUAGGUGAACCACAAAGAGGAAAAAGAGCUCUCAAUUUAAAUGAUGUUGAGAUUGAGGCUAAUGAUGCUAUUGUGGUCUUGAACAACCAGAAUUUAGAAGCCACAGACCAAUCAGCUUAUCAGAUUGGGAAUAAGUCGGUUAAAAUUAAUAUCCAACCACAGACAGAGAAAACACCAUCACCAACAAAAAGAAUGGUUGUAAAAACACCUAGCUCAAUUGAUAGUUGGCCAAGAAAGAAAAAAUGGACAAAAAUUAAAUAUAGCGAAAGUCCAAAACUUAAAAUAGAUGAACAAAACAUUGUGGAAGAAAAUGGUUCUUUGAAAAGUUCUCAGUCAAAUGGUAGUAGUUCUGGUGAUGAUGAGGUCGGAAUAAGGAUCAAUGAUAAACUAGAUACUGAUGAUAGACUACAGCUGGAUUUAAAUAAUGAGAAAUCUGAAGACUUCAUGUUUUGUAAGCCUAGAACUUCUUCUAAAAGAAGCUUAGCAGUUUCCCCCGAAGGUAAAUCUUAUGAUUCCCCAGCUAAGCGAAGGUGUUUCUCUCCAUUGAAGAACAACAUGAAAAAACAAAAUUUGAUUUCUGGCACUCUUGAUGAUGGAGAGAAAAUACUACUGAAAACAUUUGGGAAAAGAAAUUUGAGUAUAUCACCUGAAAAGUUAUUAUCUUCACCAAAUAAAAGGCAGAGAAUUUCUUUGAAGUCAAUUGAAUCACCAAAACAGGGGUUUUCCCUUCAUUCACAGCUACUUUCAAAGAAUUUCUCUAACACAUCUGACGUUUUAUCUAGUCAGGGCUUCGAUACAAAUCUUCUUAGUUCACAAGGUAGUGUGAUGUCACAAGACUUUCUUUCUCUUACAAGUACUGAUUCAAUGGACUAUUUCUCUGCUUCAAAUGAUGAAGUCUUCCUAUCACCAACAAGAAGAUCGAGAAAUCUAGCCUCCUCACAAAGUCAGGAAACUGAAAGUGCAAAAUUGACAGAUUUAUCAAAUAUAUCAUUUGUAAGAACAGAUUCACCCGUGUUUGGUUCUUCAAAAAAGAAAAAGCUUGAGAAAAGACUAAAAAGUCUUGAAAUAGUUGGUGAGCAAGAUGUGGAAGAUGGUAUAAAAACUAUCAAAAGUCCUUGUUCAAAAGUGCUGAAGUCAGAAGAUGGGAGUUCUAAAAUUUCACCAUCUUCCAGGAAAUACUCACCAAGUGUGUCAGCAAAAAGUCUUUGUCACUUAAUUAGCUCCCCUAUCUUGAACUCUCCUGCUACAAGAGAAGGAAAAGAAGAUGGUAGUCCUAAAAUAGAUCAAGACAGUUUAAACAUUAGAAGACAAAAAAUGUCAGGAAGAAUAAGAAGAUCAUUAAUGCAGAACUAAAAUAUUUUAAACAAUACAGUAGUUCAUUCCUAUAUUAUAAUAAAAGGUUAUUUUUCUUUUAAAACCACUUAGAUUUGAAAAUUUAAAACGUGUGUGAUUUUUAUAAAAAAUUUGCUAGUCAACUCAGAAACUGUUUUAAAUAUCAGAAAAUGGUUUACUGGUUUGCAUCCAAGUAAAUUUGGCAUUGAAGUAGAUGGUUCUAUUUCAAUAAGUUUUUUAUUUUGGUUGCUGAUAGCUAUAUCUGACAAAUGUGAAUUUUAUGAGUGUUAACAAAUCUUAAAUUUUCAUUUUUUCUCAUUCAGCUUUAACAUGUAUAAUGAAAUAUUCUUUCUCUAAUUGAAAUUUCUUUGCAUCCUAUUUAGGUAAUAGAAAUCUCAGUUGCAUAAUACCUUUGAAAACAGCAAUGCCACUAGAUUGUACUCCAAAUCAAACAUUGUUUCUAAUGAUUUCACUUUUGCUACCUUUAUUUAUUUAUAUGUUACAUUGAUAGAUACAUUUACUUUAUUUGGGUGUAAAAUUUUUAAACAGAACCCAAGUUUGUUUGUUUUAGUCUCGCCUGCGAUUGUUCCAGAAUGUGAGACAAAUAUUUAGAUCCAGUGAUGGUGACAGUGUAAACUGUUUUCUGUAAUGCAUUUUUUCAGGAGAAAAGAUAUUUUGUGCAUAUACUUAUUUCAUACUUUGAAUCAUGACUUCGAGGCUGAUCUGAACUUAAAAGAAUGUCUGAAAGCAUGCUAGGUCAAAUCAGAUUUUUCAAAUAUUUAUAACAAAAAGUCCUGGAAAAUUUAGUUCAAUUUAUUUUGAAAUAUUUAAAUCAUUGAUGUCAGUGAAGCGAUUGAAUUAAAUGUCUAACAAAACAUACAAAUGGUUGUCCAGUGACAAGUACUAGACUUAAUAAAGACAGAUUGUUCAAAGGAUUUGACAUGAAUUUGUAACUAAUAAUUAUUAUGUACAUGUGGUUGUAAUUAAUAGUAAUUAUGUAUAUUAUUUAUCUAAUUUUUAUCAUGUAUCAAGACUAAGAUCAAUCUAAUAUUUAUCAAAUAAAACUUAAUUACAA